AUGUCGAUGGGUGCGUCGCGCAGGGGGGCACCCCGCAAGAAGUUGACCUACGACAAGCCCGGCUUGACCGAGGACGAAAUCGAUGAGAUCAAAGAAGCCUUCAAUCUCUUUGAUACUGAUGGUUCGGGCACCAUAGACCCGGGCGAGCUGAAAGCAGCGAUGAGAUCGCUUGGAUUUGAGACCAAGAAUCCGACCAUCUUCCAGAUGAUCGCUGACCUGGAUCAAGAUGGAACAGCCAUCGGAUUCGACGAUUUCUUAGAUGCCAUCACAGCAAAGCUGGGCGACAAGGAAAGCCGAGAGGGUAUCCACAAAAUCUUUAACCUGUUCGAUGAUGACAAAACCGGGACUAUCACCUUGAAGAAUCUCAAAAGAGUUUCGAAGGAACUCGGUGAAACAAUGACAGAAGAGGAGCUCCGAGAAAUGAUUGACCGAGCUGACACAGAUGGAGAUGGCGCCAUAACCCCUGAGGACUUCUACAACAUCAUGACGAAGAAGACCUUUCCCUAG